UUGAUGUUCAACAAGUCUACACAAGAAAAAAUGACUUGGUUUAUUGAAAAUUCAAGAUUUAUGAUCACUAUAUCAAUUGUGAUCAUUUUGGCUUAUCCUUUUCUACAAUCUUGCCCUCCUGCAGAAGCAAUACAAUCAUCCAAUUCAGAUCUUGAUCCUCUGUUUAACUAUAGACAAUCACCAAAUUUCAACAACUCACCAAAAUGUACAACAUUUCCCAUAAGUUCAAUUGCUACAAAGAUUUGUAAUCCUUCUUUAGUCCAUAUUUCAAUGACCCUUGACACUAAAUUCCUCCGUGGAUCGGUCGCUGCAAUUCAUUCAAUCCUUCAGCAUUCUCACUGCCCUGAAAAUCUCUUCUUCCAUUUCAUUUCAUCAUCAGAUACUAUAAAUCUUGAACCCCAUUUGGGAAAAAUCUUCCCUUUAUUGUCAUUCAAGAUUUACUAUUUCAAUCCAGGGAUUGUGCAGAACAAGAUUUCGUCUAGCAUAAGGCAAACUCUUGAACAUCCAUUGAAUUAUGCAAGGAAUUACUUAGCUGAACUCUUAGAGCCCUGUGUCGAAAGGGUCAUAUACUUAGAUUCUGAUAUCGUUUUAGUUGAUGAUAUAUCUAAUCUGUGGAAAGCAAGUCUUGGAUUAUCAACUGUUGGAUCACCUCAGUACUGCCAUGCUAAUUUCACCAACUAUUUUACCCCAAAAUUUUGGUCUCACAAGAAGUUUUUUCGCGCAUUCCAUGGCCGGAAACCUUGUUACUUCAACACAGGUGUAAUGGUGAUUGAUUUGAUUAAAUGGAGGAAGUACAGAUACACGAAGAAACUAGAAAGAUGGAUGAAGAUUCAGAGGGUGCAUAGGAUAUAUGAGCUUGGUUCAUUGCCACCAUUUUUAUUGGUAUUUGCAGGGAAGAUAGCACCAAUUGACCAAAGAUGGAACCAACAUGGACUUGGAGGGGAUAAUUUGAGUGGAAGUUGCAGAAAUAUACAUGCUGGUCCUGUUAGUUUGUUGCAUUGGAGUGGAGGUGGCAAACCUUGGCUCAGGCUAGACUCUGGCAACUCUUGUCCUUUGGACGAGCUCUGGGCUCGAUAUGACUUGCAUGGCUAGAAAUAGCGUUCACUGGCUACUUUUCGGCCUUAUGAUCUUUGAAAAAUAGUCAUUAUACUGAAGUUUUAAAUUCUAUGAGUAAAACUUCAGAACAAUAACUAUUUUUCAAUUAUAGAAGCUGAAAUGUGACUAUUUGUAAAUUUCCCCCCUUUACAUGGACCUCCUAAGUGAUGACCACAGAUUUGAACAUUACAACAC